AUGAAGUUUGGUCUCGGACUCAUCCCGCUGGUAGUUGAGGCGAUCGUCUUCCUCUUCGUACUGAUUGCCACACCUCUAGAAAUGUUCAGACUUGAUGUUCUUGGAGGUGAUAGCUGCAUUACGCUAUGGGGAGCCCGCAAAUGCUCUUCCACCAAGUACUCCUCACGGUCUUUUCAGUGUGACCGACAAAGGAAUACCAUGAGGGCUGGUGCUGCGUUUGCCAUUAUCUCCAUCUUUUUUACUCUUGUUUGUGUUUUUAUGAUCUUCUUGAAGGACACGAUAAAAAUUGGUUCAUUUGUUGCCAAGGUUUGCGCUAUUGUCUCGGUCUGCACAAUUCUCAUUGCGUGGGCCACGGCGGCCGGUGUUUACCAUCAGAAGAUGUGCAAAAUUCUCCUUUUUGAGCUGCCCUCGUAUAAAAAUGAUGGAUGGAAACUUGGCGCGGGAUUUGGACUGAUGGUGACCGCCUGGUGUCUGCAGGUCAUCAACGCUGUCCUUUGCUUUAUUCUGUGGCGGAAAGAAUAUGAAGAAGAAAGGGGAUAA